UUGGGAGGUUUGUGGAUUUUUGAAGAUGGGUCUCUCGAAUUUCCCCCCUUCAGCUGAAGGAGUGUUGCUGUUACCUGUUCUUGUGAUGAACACUGUAAUGUCGAUGGCGUUUUUGAAGAACUUGGUGAGAUCUGUGAUACAAAUGAUGAGUGCGAGUGGGAAUCCUUCGAGUUCUGAGGAAGAAUUCGAUUGGGAAAAUGGAAGAGAAAGAAGAAUCUCAAUUACCCAGUUCAAAUCUUUGGGUCAAAGCUUCAAUAAUGGCGGAACAGAGAAGGGCUCUGCUUCGAGGUGUGCCAUGGCAGAGUGCUGUGUUUGUCUUUGUGGGUUUGAAGCUGAUGAGGAAGUUAGUGAGUUGUCUUGCAAGCACUUUUUUCAUAAAGCUUGUCUUUCUAAGUGGUUUGAUAAUAAGCACAUUACUUGCCCUCUUUGUCGUUCCAUUGAAUAGUGUGUGUUCUUCAUCAUCCACUGCUAAAUUGCAGCUUUUUGAAGCAUACUUUUGUUUUAGGGUUUUUUUU